CAUCUCUACGGAUUUGGACUGAUGGAUGCAGAAGCCAUGGUCAUGGAGGCAGAGAAGUGGACGACUGUUCCUCAGCAGCACGUGUGUGUGGAAAGCACAGACCGACAGAUCAAGACCAUUCGCCCCAACAGUGCAGUGCGUUCCAUCUACAAAGCUUCUGGCUGCUCGGACAACCCCAACCAUCACGUCAACUACCUGGAGCAUGUAGUUGUGCGUAUUACCAUCACACACCCACGAAGGGGAGACCUGGCCAUCUAUCUGACCUCACCCUCAGGAACCAGAUCCCAGCUUUUGGCCAACAGGCUGUUUGAUCAUUCCAUGGAAGGGUUCAAAAAUUGGGAGUUCAUGACCAUCCAUUGCUGGGGAGAACGAGCUGCUGGUGACUGGAUCCUUGAAGUUUAUGAUACUCCUUCUCAGCUGAGGAAUUUCAAGACUCCAGGUAAAUUGAAAGAAUGGUCUUUGGUCUUCUAUGGCACCUCUAUACAGCCAUACUCCCCAAAGAACAAAUUUCCUAAGGUGGAGCGUUUCCGCUACAGCCGAGUUGAAGACCCAACAGAUGACUGUGGUGCAGAAGAUUAUGCAGGUCCCUGUGAUCCUGAAUGCAGUGAAGUUGGCUGUGACGGGCCAGGACCAGAACACUGCAGUGACUGUUUGCACUACUACUAUAAGCUGAAAAAUAAUACCAGUAUUUUGUGCACUGGUUGUAUUUGCCCUUCCUGAGAAUGCCAGAGCCUGGACCAGACAGGUGGUUCCCACAUCCUCCACCAUGCCAGACCACGUUGGGGACAAAAUGGCAAAGGUAAUGGUCUCUUUUCUUACUCUUCCACUUUAGACAUGGCGAUGGACCUGUACCUUUAAGCCCUGGCUACUGCCUGGCUAUGCAGAUAUGCCCGAUGGUACCUGACCUCAUAAAGCCCAUCAGACCUACCCUGUGUCCUUCCAGCCCAGCCUACCCGCUGCCUCCAAUUGAAGGCAAAAAUGUAUUUGAGAGACGGUGCCUUCAUAGCUCAGGCAGCCAGAGAGACCCGGCCAUGCUCAGGUUCCUGUUUAAAUCUUUGCUGGAAGUUAAGUUCCUCAAGGAAAAAGGCUCUUAGCCACCUCAGUGUUUGUGUUGACUAUUGUACUUCCAAAAUGAUUUUUUUUCCAAAAUGUCUGAUUUUUAAUUGGCGCUCAAUAAAUAUUUGUUGAAUAAAAAUAAGUAAAGCCCUGUCUUCUGUUUUAGACAAAUAAGGAAGUUAUUUUUUUUAAACAGAAGAAAGUUUCUGAAACAAAACUUAAAUUAUAUUUAUGUUAAUUUGGAUAAGAACAUACCACAUCUACCCACAUGUACACACACAGCCUCCAUAUAACAAAUUAUAGUUAAAAGUUGAAAGAACCCCUUUUAGAGUGAU